AAACAAAAACAAAAACAAACUGCUCAGUUACAGCCAGUUACAAUCGUGCACUCACCGAAAUAUAUUUAAAUAUCAAAAUUAAAAUACUCAUUAGACAGAACGGCCUCUUUACGCUACUGUUAUGUGCUAUUAUUACUGACGCCUUAAAGUGUCAUUAAAAUAGAGGAGGAGGAGCUUUUUGAGUUAUUUUAUAUGCUGUGUAUGUGAAACCUUAAUCUGACAAGUAACUAUAGCAAAUAUACGUAGAAUGGGAAAAAAACAAUAUUUCCCUCUGAAUUCUGGUAGAAUAGAAGAAUACGGCAGCGUAAACCCGAAUUACUUAAUAAAGUACAUGUAUUUAGUUACUUCCCACCACAAAAGACUAACUGUAAUAAAUAGUGAAUCUUAGAUACUUUCCCCAUACGACAUGAACGCAUGUCUGCCCUCAUGACUUUUCUUCUUCUCUGCUCUCUGCAGGGUAGUGUGUGUGUGUGUGUGUGUGUGUGUGUGUCUGUGUGUGAGGGGGGGGUGUGACGGCUUGUUCCUGGAAGAGCCCAGCCUGCCUGCAGAGUCACUCACAUUCCUGGCUGGGAUUCAAUGACUGAGCCAGACACACAAACACAGAGGGAGGGGGCGCGUGAGAGAGAGCGAGGGAGAGAGAGACCUAAACAGAGCGCGAGGGAGAGAGCCAUAGACGGGGGUUGAGAGAGAGCGAGAGAGAGAGAGAGAGAGAGAGAGCGCGAGCAGGCAGGCCCUCAGACUUCUCAUCUCCAUACAGUCAAAGUGAACUGCGGGGGCAGACGGACUGGAUUGCAGCAGUCCUCGACAGCGGACAGAGCCUCAAAUAAGGAUUUGUUUUAUCGAGCUGUAUCGACUCGUAACUGUCGCUUUUGUUCCAUUUUCGCCUGCUUCGUUUUGGAACUCGACAAACGGAACUUUUCGCUUCUCUGGAGUUUGGAGAACCGUUUUUGUCAGAUAUGGACAGUCGGCGACCCGCUGCAGGGAGCGACUGGCCGGUGUUCACUCAGUAGUCACAGGAAUAAAACUGUAAACUCGUUGUCUGGGACUUUGUACUGGAUGUUUGAUGAAGCGCUCCGAAAUUUUGGUCAAUUCUGGGACACCGUGGAUUUACCAGGUUCAGGAACGGAGAGAUACACGAGAUUCUCGAUCGACGACAAGAAGGAUUUACGUUUCUAAAGUUGCAGGAAAAACAUGGAGACUGUAAGUCGGCAAAGCUUCCAGCCUCAUCCGGGACUGCAACAAACUCUCAAGCAGUUUCACCUCAGCUCUAUGAGCUCUCUGGGCGGACCGGCGGCUUUCUCUGCCCGGUGGCAACAUGAGCUCCUCUUCAAGAAGGACGGUAAGGAGCCCGAGCCGGUUCUGCAGCAUCUGCCGCCGCCGGUGAUGCCGGGCCCGCUGUUCAUUCCGUCGGACCGCUCCACUGAGAGGUGCGAGACGGUGCUGGAAGGCGAGACCAUCUCGUGCUUCGUGGUCGGUGGGGAGAAGCGACUGUGCCUGCCGCAGAUCCUCAACACGGUGCUGCGGGACUUCACCCUGCAACAGAUCAACUCAGUGUGCGACGAGCUGCACAUCUACUGCUCCCGAUGUACGGCGGACCAGCUGGAGAUCCUAAAAGUCAUGGGGAUCCUGCCCUUCUCGGCGCCGUCCUGCGGCCUCAUCACUAAGACGGACGCUGAGCGGCUCUGCAACGCCCUGAUCUACGGAGGCGCCUACCCGCCGCGUUGCAAGAAGGAGCUGAGCGGAGGCUCGCUGGAGCUGGAGCUCACCGAGAGGAGCUUCAAAGUCUACCACGAGUGCUUCGGCAAGUGCAAAGGCUUGUUCGUGCCGGAGCUGUACACCAGCCCCAACGCAGCGUGCAUCCAGUGCAUGGACUGCAGACUCAUGUACCCGACCCACAAGUUCGUGGUGCACAGUCACAAGGCGCAGGAGAACAGGACUUGCCACUGGGGCUUCGACUCGGCAAACUGGAGGGCGUACAUUCUCCUGGGCCAGGAUUACACGGGGAAAGAGGAGAAGGCCCGUCUGGAGCAGCUCCUGGACGAGAUCAAGGAGAAAUUUGACUUCGCCAACAAGUACAAGAGGAAAGCAUCAUCCAGGACAUCUGAUCCCAUCCCGAUUAAAAGGUCCAAACAUGAAGAUUACCCAUCGCAAUCUCCGCUGGCCGACAAAGAGAAGCAGCACGACUGGCUACAAUCCCUGUCGGCGUCCAGUAAGGGGCUUAACUGCAUUCAGCCCAGGCAAAGGCCGUCAGCUUUCAGACCCUGGUCCCCCCACAUUUCUGCUGGUGAUAAGGAGCCCUCCAGUCACCCCCUGGCCCUGCUGAGAGACAGCUUCUACAACUACAAGAGUCUGGAGAACGGUGUGGCCCCCAAUGUUGCCCUCACACCACUGCCCCUGGGGAAGGUGGGUCCCAUGUCCCCAUCAGUACCCAGCACCUCUCAUCCAAGUGGAGGGGAACCUCCAGGUGAAGGAGCCAACUCCAGGCCUCGCAAGAGAAGAGCCACAGGGGAGCUCCCACCACCACCACCAGAGGCCCCCUGCCCUCCGUCCUUCACUGCCAGCAAGCCACCACCACCUCAGGAUGACAAAGACUCUGAGGUGGAGAUUGAAGUAGAGAGCCGUGAUGAGUUCACUUCCUCCUUGUCCUCCCUGUCGUCACCAUCUUUCACCUCGUCUAGCAGCUCAGCCAAGGACUUGAGCUCGCCAUGCGCCCAAGGGCCCAUCUGCACUGUCACGUCGGCUGAGGGCACUGCCCCUGCAGCCACACCCACUGCAUCCAUCGCUGCCCCCGUGACCCCUCCAGAGCUGGGGCUGGAGUCUGAGCUGGAGAGCCUGAGGCAGGCGCUGGACAGCGGACUCGACUCCAAAGAGUCAAAGGAAAAAUUUCUGCAUGAGAUUGUUAAGAUGAGGGUGAAGCAGGAGGAGAAGCUGGGAUCAGCCCUGCAGGCCAAACGCAGCCUCCAGCAGGAGUUGGAAUUUUUGCGGGUGGCUAAGAAGGAGAAGCUACGGGAGGCGACUGAGGCAAAGCGAAACCUGAGGAAGGAAAUUGAGCGCCUGCGAGCCGAGAGUGAGAAGAAGAUGAAGGAAGCCAAUGAGUCACGGAUCCGUCUGAAGCGGGAGCUGGAGCAGGCCCGACAGCUGAGGGUCUGUGACAAAGGCUGCGAGGCCGGACGUCUUCGCGCAAAAUACUCAGCACAGAUCGAGGACCUCCAGAUGAAGCUGCAGCACGCUGAAGCUGACCGUGAGCAGCUCCGAGCUGACCUGCUGCAAGAGCGGGAGGCCAGGGAACACCUGGAGAGGGUGGUGAAGGAGCUGCAGCAGCAACUCUGGCCCAAAUCCAGUGACAAGGACGGGACGCCCAAGGACAUGCCAGCUGACAACUAACCCAGCAGCCAAACUCACUGCCUAACCAUUCACCCCGUCGUCAUGAUCCCCAGUAUCACCUGCCCAACUUGGACCAUAACCAUACCCAGGAGCCCUGGGUCGGCCACAUCACACCACUGUGCAUCACGCUCCCCCUCCAACACAAAAAUUGAAAGACUUUUAACCUCUGACCAGAGACAGAGAAAAGAAAUGAGGACCUGUGUCCUCAGCCAUGCCCAUGAACAGUCAAGUGAGUGGCUUCCUUGGAGCAUGACUGACAGUAUAGUACAAUUCUGCAACAAGGAAGCGUGUGUUUCUAAAUCAAGCACUGACUCGCACCUUCCAAACUCACAGACCUUAAAACUGGACCACAAGAAUGAAAGAAAAACAGAUGUAUAGCACAAAAUGUGGUUGUGCCUGUGUUUUCUCUGACAAGAAAAUGAAGUGAGACUUUUGGACAGUCUGUGAUAAUAAAUGCUUAAAGAUGAUCAUAUUAUAUUGGAGUUAUAUAGCUGUUGAGAGGUGGUGCAGUGGUGCAGUCAGGAGGGCAUGGCUCACAUUUAACCCACAGUUCCCGAAAAAGUCUCCACCACCGUCCCUCGCCAUGACGAAGGAUGAGACAUUAUAAGCUAUUUAAGAGACUACAUGGUGAUAUGUAAAAAAAAAAAAAAAAAAGACAGUUUCUUUGUCUCUCUGUGCUCUUGGAGUUUUAAAAUGUAAAAGAUACAAAUAAAUUAGAAGAUGAACAAAACAAGCAAAUGAACUUUCCACAGUGCCACCGUGGUUUUGUCGGUUUUUCAGGAAAAUAUCAAAGUCCACUGAGGGGAAAAGCAUUGAGUUGGAAGUUUAAGUGACCCAUCUUUCCCUCCUGUUUUUGUUUUAUAAAAAUCAUGUAUUUCUGUGAGCAGGGGGCAGGCUUACAUCGGGGUCAAUAUUUUUCUCUCUUUGCAUCAAACUGUGGGUCAUUGGAAAUAAAAACAUGCUGUGUUAAUGGCACCUUUAUAGUGAGCACUUGUUUUGGAUGAUCAAUACCAAUAUCCAACAGUCUCCAUCUCAGUGUUGCUCCCUCUAAGUCGCACACACGGGCUGCCAUAUGUGUUUUUAAGAAUUUGGGUCAAAACCCGGAUCUCCUUAUCUUCUAAAGAUAAAAUCCUCCACAUGUGUGUGUGGCUCUGUUUUCUUGUCUUGUAACAUUUGAGUGAUGAGAGCCUGCAUGUUUUUACUCCAGUUGAUACCAGAACAUCAUCUAUGAAAUCAUAGUGGACUGGGUGGGGCACCCUUGGCAAGAACCACAAAAUGUUCAUUUUAAUUAAAUUAAGGUAUGUAAAUAUAAAUAUAUGUUGUCUUUUUUUUUUUACUUUACAAUAAUGAAUCGCACUUUGUCAUAACAAAAAUACUGUUAUAAAGCAUUGUACUCCCACUAUUGUCUUCAACCUUACUUUGAAAACAUCAUCUUAUACAUGACUGCUAAAUAUAAAUCCAGUAAGCAUUUUGUUGAAUAUAUGUAUCUCAAGUAAAUACUGUUGCUCUGUUUUUAUCAGGCAAAGUAUUGUAAAUAAAUGGAAAGAAAAAAGGCUCUACCUGUUGCUUGCUGAUACAGUCUGGGAUUGUCAAAAGGUUUUUGGAAACACACUCACGUUUUUUGUAAUAUAAUGACACAAAUGUUGCUUCAGCACCCGGUUAAAACAAAUUUGACAAAACUUUGUUAACAACAUACUGUACGUCAUCCAGGUGAAUUUUUACAGGAGCCUGAACAAAAGGUCACAAAAAAUCAUUUUAUUCAGAAGGCAGAGGCCAUGAAUCUGCCGCUCAGUGGGUACAAUGCAAUCAGAAUGUACAUUGUGUUAAUGCUAAUUUUUCUUUGGUUGUUGAUGUUGUUUUUAAACGUGGAGAUAUUUUAUUGCUUGUCUGUUAUGUUCACUUUUUUUCAAUAGAAAACUCAUAUUUUCUUUAUGCAUGAAAUUUGAGAAAGUUUGCCAUACAUAUAGUCAGUUAUUGGGCAUUGAUACUGUACAUGUAAGGGUUUUAUUGUGUUAUGCAACAUAAAGCAAUUUGUCUUAUUUAGAAGAGGAAGAAGUAACUAAAAAAAGCAACAAAUCAUAUAUUGUUCUUAAGAGAAAAACUUCACACUUGCAAAAAACAAAAGACAACAAAAAAAAGAAGAAAAAAAAUUAAAUGCAAUGCUGGACAACCUCAAGUGCCUGAAUGUGGGCAAAAGGUUUCCAGAGUAGGAAAACUGAUGAUGAAGCUGUUGGGGCGGGGCCUCUCAUCAACUUCCUGUUUGCAGGUUUCAAAUUAAAUGACCCCUGGUCCCAUGCUCAGCAGCUCUUUUUAUCAGUGUUCCUAAAACCAAGCAGUUUACAAACUUUUUUUUUCUUUUUCAAAGCAGAGAACAAUUGAACAAAUGCUAGAUGCUUCAGGCUUUUUUUCUGAAUGAGUGCUUUUUUUCUUCUUUUGAAAUCAAUGAUAUGCAUGUUCAAACAAUUUUUAUAGAAGAUCUUGAAAAGCCACUUGCUUCGGUGAAUUGUUACUUUGGGGUGUACAUAAAGACUUAACUGUUUAUUCCCGGUUUGCUGACUUGUCCUGAGGCGGACAUGUCGAGGAUAAUAAAGAGGGCAUUAUGUUGAAAACGCCCGUUUCUUAUCCAAGAUUACUGAUGUUACUCAGAGAAAGACACUGCGUCUGUGACUUUGGCAGACCUAAAAUUGGUACAUUUUGUAGUUGUUUUUACACUCAAAAGAGUUGAUAGCCUAUGUGUAGUUUACUUUACUCAUGGUUUUCUACAAAAGAAGGGAGACAAUAAUGACAUUGGCUCUUCACUCUCCCACGCAAAAAGAAAAAAGCAGUUUAACAAUGUCUUGUUUUCUAAAGGAGAAUCAUUUUGCUAAAUAAUGGACAGUAAAGCAGCAAUAACAGUCCAUAUUAAUAGACAAAUACUAGCCAGUGUGAAGAUUUGAAUAAGAAUUUUCAAAUGUAAAUAUUUUUUUCAUUUACGAUAUUGUAUAAUAUAUGUACAUGGUGUUUCCUUUUUCAAAAAGAAAUCUUUUCUUACAAUAGCUGUCUUGUUUUUGUUUUCUGUUUUGUUUUUUUGGAAUUUGUGUUUUAACUGAGAUGUUUCAAAAACAGUUAAUGCAGUGCGUAAGAGAAUAUUCCCUACAUAAACAUGUUAAUCCAUUUCUUUCUUUCUUUUUUUUUUUUUUUUUUUUUUUUUUUUUUACUGUAGAGUCUUUAUAUUGAAUGACUUUUUUCACCAGUUCAUAUAUAUUUUUAACAGUAUGUUCAGUAUCAGAUAGCAGACCUAAAGUAUGGGUCACACAGACACACACACACACACACACACACAUACACACCACACACGCACACAUACACACACACAGAUACACACACGGUUAUGCCACCUUGCAGAUUGUUUCCCCCUAACCCUCAUGUAUCUUUUUAGCCCUGUGCUGCUGCUAAUACUAUAUAAACCUUACAAUUCUAGAAAUAUUUUUAUGUAAGAGGUAAAUGUAAGCUUUCCCAUUUAUUAAUACCACAUAUACAGUAUGAAAAAAAAGCUUGGCUUAUUCAUCUAUCUCCCUUGUUUCCCUCAUCUUUUCACGCCUUUUUCCUCAUCUCUCUUUCCAACAACACCCUCCCCUUUCUCUCACGACACGGACUAUAUUGUAAAGUAAAGGACUUUAUGAGAUUAUGUUUGAAAAUAGCUAUGCUUAUAUACUACAGUGACUGAAUGUACAGUGUAUAGAUGCAUUACCAGAAAUAAAGUUGUUUGUCCAGAU